AUGGCCCACACCAGGCUGCUGCUCCUCCUUGCCCUCCUCUGUGCUGCCGAGACUGGCCAAGCUCUCCACCUCUACAGCGCCGCCUCUAUCUUCAGCUGCCUUAAUGCGGCCCUUGCUGAAGCCCAGAAGAGCCGCCCAGAAGAAAACACCAUCUUGGACAAGCGCAGUUUCGACUUGCCAUCGCCAGAGGAGGUGUCAGAUGAGGAGGUGGGGGAGGAUGCGGUGGAUGAAGAGAUGGGGAAAAGGACGUUCCCAGGUGAAGGCCAUUACAAAUAUGUCUCCCAGGCACAGGUAAAGGGGAAGACGUACCAAAACCGGGCCAAGAGCGACCGCCGCACCAAGGUCACCCUCUCCCUCGACGUCCCCACCAACAUCAUGAACGUUCUCUUCAACAUCGCCAAAGCCAAGAACCUGCGGGCAAAGGCCGCCGCCAAUGCUCACCUCAUGGCCCAAAUCGGGUGGCGGAAGUGA